AUGAAGACCUUUUUAAAGGUCAUCGACAACUCUGGUGCUCUCGUUGUUGAGUGCAUUAAUGUUAUGGGUCGACGUCGCAUUGCUUCUGUUGGCGAUGAGAUCGUUUGCUCAGUGAAAAAAGCCAAACCUAUUCUUGCCGACUCAUCUACUACUGCUGCCAGCAUCGUUCAGAAACUUAAAAAGGGUGAUGUUGUGCGUGCUCUUGUUGUUCGACAGCGUAAAGAGGUCAGGAGACUGGACGGUAGCUAUAUCAAGUUUGAUGAUAAUGCUGUAGUCAUGCUCAAUAAGCAGGGUCAGCCGCUUGGGAAUCGUGUUAUGGGUAUCAUUGCUAGAGAAUGUAGGCAGAAACGAUGGGCAAAGAUUGUUGCCAUGGCUCCAAAAGUUAUUUAA